AUGAUGAAGAUAGUGUGGGUUAAGGUGCAUGAGUGGUUAGGGAUAGAUGCUAUCAUGGUGGAUGAUUGUUGCAGCCAGUUCUUGAACAUAGUAGAUUUGCUGAAGAAACAGCAUAUUCUACCAAUCAUUGAUUCCACUGAAUGCAUUUUUUUUGUGCACGAUGUCGGAGAAGAUCGUUCAACUGCCUCAGGAACUGAUAAGGAAAAUCUUGCUGAGGUUAUUCAUUGGUUGGUUUAUAAUUAUGAGACCAAAAGCGAUGUUAUUUUUGCCUUUGAUGUAAAGGAAAUGAGAAUGUCAGAGAUAGCUCUGCCGUAUUAUUAUGUUGUUAAUCAUACUUCUUUGGCACUUGAAGGACUUAUCAGUUCAUGGAAUAUGGAUGUGCGUAGCGAUACAAUUGAGAUAUGGGCGAUGCAAGCAGCACACUCAUCUUGGACUAAGACUCUUGUUUUUUCUAUGCACCCUGCUCCAUACUUUGCCACAAUAUGCUUUACAAAUUAUAGUGAUAUAAUUGGAACAGAUGAUGAAGGUGGAUUGGUGAAGUUUGAUGACAAAGGGCAGCUGGUAGAGCAUAACUCUCACUCUUAUUAUUGUUAG